UGGGCGGGGUUUGAAGCCGUGCGCAUGCGCGUCGCCUGCGCGUCCUCGCGCUGCGGUCCCUUUAACGCCUCUUGUCGAAAGUGAGGCUGGUCGUUCCGGAGCGGCGGUUGGGAGACACAGAGAGAGAGAGACAGACAGACAGGAGCCGCCGGCGCCCAGAGAGCGAGAGAGCUGCUCGACUCCCUCUGAGAGUCUCUGCACGGGCUUUGGCUCAGCGCCUCCGCCACACACAUACACACGGUAGUAUCAACUGAAGUCUACCUCCUGGAUACUGUGCAAUUGAAUUGGAGGAACAAAAGGCUGAAACAUUCUGAAAUCACUAUUCGUUGAAAGUGCUGCAAAAUGCGGGAGUACAAGUUGGUGGUCCUUGGCUCGGGUGGUGUAGGAAAGUCUGCUUUGACUGUACAGUUUGUUCAAGGAAUAUUUGUGGAAAAAUAUGAUCCAACAAUAGAGGACUCCUACAGAAAGCAAGUUGAAGUUGAUGGGCAACAGUGCAUGCUUGAAAUCUUGGAUACAGCAGGAACGGAGCAAUUUACAGCCAUGAGAGAUCUGUACAUGAAGAACGGACAAGGGUUUGCAUUAGUAUAUUCUAUAACAGCACAGUCAACGUUCAAUGACUUGCAGGACCUGAGGGAGCAAAUACUUCGAGUCAAAGACACUGAUGAUGUGCCAAUGAUUUUGGUUGGUAAUAAGUGUGACUUGGAAGAUGAGCGUGUGGUGGGAAAGGAGCAAGGACAGAAUCUAGCAAGACAAUGGCAUAACUGUGCAUUUUUAGAGUCCUCUGCAAAGUCGAAGAUUAACGUUAAUGAGAUUUUCUAUGACUUGGUUCGACAAAUCAACAGAAAAACUCCGGUUCUUGGAAAGAGUGGUAAAAAGUCAACAUGCCUGCUUCUUUAAUACCGAUCUACUCUAGCUAUGAGCCAGGUAUGAUGAACUGUUGCCCAUUUUGACAGUGCCAGCAUUCCACUUUACUAAACCUAUUGACAUCUGAAAAAUGGACUUUCCUGUGGUGGUACCCUGCAACAAAUGGAUGAAAGCUCCUAAGUCAUUUUGCACAUAUAGUAACUAAUAAUGGUUUCAGCAUUGCAAGGGCAGAAAGCUGCUUUUUUAUAAACAUUCUAAUAGGCAACUUAAGACUAGGAACUGCGUUCAGUAUUAAUGCUAAUGGAGGAAGUGCUCUCCUUUCACCAAUGUUGUAAUGUAUUAAAUUGAUUAACUAACUACUAGUAAAGAUUCCCUUUGUUGUAUUGGCAAAUUCAAGAGUUACGUAAUUCCUGGCAAGCACCACUAUUUUAGCAUAAUAAAGGUGAAAGUCCAAAGAUCUCCUCUUUAGAUUAGGCUAUUUCUCACAGCUCAUUCUGCUUUUUUUGUAUUUGUAGCUUCUUUAAAUUGGAAGAUGCAAGAUCAUCAUUGUUUCAGUGUAUAACUAAGCUCUGAGAAUUGCAAAGGCUAUUAAAAAGAUUUUUAUUUUAGCAGAACCUGUGGAAACGGUGAUUUCUAUGUACAGAAAGUGUAUGAUGUUCUUUCCUUCACAAUUUUGUCUACAAUGUUGCCUUCAGAUAGCUGUUAACAUUUUCAGAAAAAANGUUUUAAUUGUUCAUUGUAUGUUUCCUUUUUGUUUACAUGGGGAACAAUGUUGAUAAAGAAUUGUACAGUGGGCGUCUACAACAGGAAGUAUAUAUUUUAAGAUACUUAUACUUCACAGGUUUUCUUGGGAGGUCCCUCAAUGCUCCUGCAGCUGUAGAUUCUCACUGUGAUUCUGCUUGCUCAUGUAUACUUGUAAUUAUCAGUACCAAAUAUACAUUAAUUAGGCAUUACCUGUUAGUGGUUAUGUUUCACAUGUGUAAUGUUUUGAGAUGUUUUCCUGGUGGAAGAGUACUGUGGAUAUUGAUGGUGAAUGUGAGAAAUCAAUUUUGAAUCGCGUGUAAUCGUUCAUGUGGCCUGAGUUGCGAUGUUUUUAUUUAACAAUGCCUUGAUGCUUUGUAUGCAUUAACUUUUGGGUGGAAGAACACGUGUAUGGAAUGAGCCACAGUAUUUGAAAUGGCCAACUUAAUGCUACAACUGCUUUAAGGUGGCUAAAUGUAAACUAAAAAGCCUUAAUUUCCAUAGAGUGGUGCAAUUUUUUUGUAUAACCUCGCAUCAGUUCAAUAAAUUGGAUUGUUAUGCAAGGGCUUGCAUUUUGAUUGUCUGCCACUUGAAUGUUUUGUGUAAUGUUUUAACUGCAAGUAAAUAAAGUAUUUGUUUAACUUU